GCGGGGAUGGAGCCGAUAGCGGAGCUCCCUCCGGCUCCGCGGUCCUUCGACCAGCUCAUGUCGGGCGGCGAGGAGAACAAGCUAGAGAGCACCCUCGGAGAGCCGCUCCCCCCUCCUGAAGUGCCGCCUCAGACCUUCGCUGCGGGGCUCACCGCGGAGCCGCCCCUGCCCCGGGAUGAGCAGGUGGAGGGAGGGUCGGAGCGCUCCGGCUGUGGCCGUGGGCUGCGAGACAUCAGCCUCCUGUCGGGGUACAUCCACCUGCAGAGGAUGGACCUGUCCUGCAACGAGAUCAGCGAUCUUUCCUGUGUCAGCCACAUGCCUUACCUGGUACAGCUGAAUGCUUCCAACAACCAACUGACCUCCUACUUUCCACUUCCAGCACCCAAAAACCUCAGGGAAGUGGAUUUUUCCCACAAUCAAAUCCCCAAAAUGAAGGAUUUAUCGGAAUACCACUCACUGACCACGCUCCUGCUGGAUUUCAAUGCCAUUGAGGAGAUCCGGGGGCUGGAGGGCUGUCACAGCCUGGCCCAGCUGGGGCUGUCCCACAACCGGCUCCGGGCCAUCGGGGGCCUGCAGCACCUGCCCAUCCGCCUGCUCGACCUGAGCUUUAACCAGAUUGAGAAGGUGGAUGGGCUGAAGAGCUUGAAAAAUCUGCAGAGGGUGGAUCUGUCCAACAAUAAAAUCAACAGUCUGCAAGGCUUGGAGGAGCACGACCUGCUGGAGGAGAUCAACCUGGAGGAGAACCAGGUGGCUGAGCUGAGCGAGCUGAAAUGGAUUGAGGAUCUGCCCCUCCUCAGGGUUUUAAACCUUCUGAAAAACCCUCUACAGGAAGAAGGCGAUUAUUGGCUCUCAGCGAUUUUCAUGUUGCUCCAAGUCACGGAUCUGGAUCUCAAAAAGGUCACGGUGGAAGAAAAGGUGGAUGCUGUGAACGAAGGGGCUCCUCCUCCAGAGGUCCUGGCUGCUGAAGACCACAGGACUCAGCUUCUGCACUACUCUGUGCAGCCCCAGAGCGUCCUGAACAGCACUUUGUCCUCCUGUGACGAGCCCUACCCCAUGCUGGUGCUGCUGGGCCCCGUGGCCGGGGGCAGGAGGCGGCUGUCCCUCAAAAUCUGCAGGGAAUUCAAAGGAUUCCUCAGGUUUGGGCCCUGCCACACCACCAGGAAGGCUUAUUAUGGGGAAGAGAACAAAUUCGAUUAUUUUUUCAUUUCUGAAGAAGAAUUUGACAAAAUGGUGCAAGCAGGGAAAUUCCUGGCAACCUACAAAUACAGCGGGCAGAGCUACGGGCUGGCACGGGACACGCUGGAGUCCAUAGCCAUGGAUGGGCUGGGCACCUGUGCCCACAUGGAAAUCGAGGGCGUCCGUAGCUUGAAGUACACCCACUUCAAACCCAGGUGCGUCCUGCUGGUGCCCAUGGACAAGGUGAAAUACAGGGAGCACCUGAGGAGGACGGGAUUGUUCAGCAGGCCGGAGAUUGAGGAGGCAGUGGGCAGGGUGGACUUGUACCUGCAGGUCAGCCAGGACUGCCCCGGCUUCUUCGAUGCCGUCAUCAACACAGAUGAGAUGGAUGAGGCACUCUCAGAGCUGACUCUCCUCGUCAAGGUCUACAUGGGCAAGGAGCCUCCUGAGGCUCUGGAGAAACUCCCAGGCUUCGGGGGCCUGGCAGGUUCCAGGUCUCUGCUGUUCCCAGAGGAAAAGACGGUUCCAUCCUACGGUGACCUCCUGCACGUUUCCACCCAUAACUACCCCCUGGACCUGCUGGAGAUGCUGACGGCAACGCCGGGCUCCGUGGAAGAAGCCUCUCUGCAGAGACGAUUCUCUGCAGCCAGGAAGGUGCUGCUGGCCCACAGGUAA